AUGCUUCCUUGUCCAGGUAACAACGAAGUCAAUGAUGGUCGAGCGUGGUAUUCGCCAAAUUGGACAGAAAGAGGUGAGUUUGCAUUCUGUGAAGAAUGUUACCACCGAUUUAUCGAAAAAACACCUCUAAGUAUUCAUAUGCGAAGUGAUGGAGAAUUUGAAGGUUGUGCUUGUACUUGUGAUUUUACAUCCAACGUAAAAAAACAAUGGUCUCUUGCUGUAAAAAAAAACGAUAUAAACAUAUUUAAUGAACAUGUUAAGAGAACAUUAAAACAAUAUCGUAUAAACGAUCUAAAAGUUCUUAUAGACACCGAAACGCUACGGUACUCGACAUUGCUAGCAGAGAGACAAAUGCAUUGGAACAGUUCAUCGAUCGAAGUUAUUAGUGAGUUUGGUAGCGAAGUUCGAGAAGAAUACUACUUCAAUGGUUCGUAUUAUAAUACUAUGGGUGAUGUGGAAGCAGCCAAAACGGAGAUCAAAAUGGAAAAAUCUCAAAGUAAACUUAAAAAUUAUAAUAGAGAAUUGCGUCAACUAGAAUAUGAACUCUCAAGAGAUGAUAAUUCAAUAAAAAUAGAAACAAGUACUAGUGCUGUCGGUGAUAUUAAUAAUGCUGAUCCAAAUGUUUCAUCUUCAUCUUCAUUUCCUACUACUACUAUAAAAAAAACAUUAGAAAGUAUAAAAGAAAAGGUAAUUAAAUUAAGCAAAGAAGAAAAGUUGGAUGAUGCUAUAAAAUUGGUAAAAAAAUACAGAAUGCUAAAGCUUGGAAUCAAUUGA